UCGCAAUAAUUAUUCCAAACAAGAUAAAUUUUAUUCCAUGGGCAAAUGAGAUUGUUGGAGAUCUGGAUUAUGAAACACUAGCAGGAAAUAAAGUUAUUAUCAAUGAAUUGUUGAAACAUUUAAAUGAACAUGGAAAAAAUAACGGGCUCAAAGGGUUUGAACAAGUUAAAGCAAUACAUUUGGAUACUGUACCAUUCUCUGUUGAAAAUGGACUAUUAACUCCAAC